AACACAAUCAGUAAUUUGCCGUGCGGUUCAGCCCUUGAUGAGCGUUCAAAGGUAAAGAUUACUGUCAGACCGAUCUAUUUCCAAGGGUUUCCAAGUAUUCCAUCCUCAUUCCACCUAUUCCAACUCUUCCUUGAUUGAUAUACAAAAAUAGUGUCUGGAUGAAAGUGGAAGUAAUCCAAACGACUGUCACCUUCUCAUAGAUGUCAAAGUAAGUCGUCACCGAGCAAGACACCAGCCAACCGACGGUUCAAUGCCAAACUCGUCCAGCCGGAACGAAGCCAAGAAACUACUCGCACAGCUCAGAGAUGACUUGGAAGCGAAGGUCUCAUCGAAUGCGCAACUCCAGGCUGCCCUCGAAGGGCUCAAAGUCUUAGGGAGAGAUGCGAGCAACGUUUCUGCUCUCUACAACGAGAGCGGGGUGAAAAUACUGGGAUACUACGCAUUUGGCGUAUACCCUCCAGAUAUCCGCCAGGAAUCCCUCAGAUGCAUUGCGAAUGCCCUCCUUUUACUCCCAAUCACUCGUCAACAUUCGAUAAGUCUUGAACUGGACAAGAAAGCCACACAUGCCCUCGAGGACGCUAGCGUCGAUGAAGAAUUUCUUCUUUCUCGGAUACUGUUUCUCCUGACGUAUGACCCUCGAAUCGACCUACGGAUACUACUAGACGAGCACAGGCUCGCAGAGAACAUCAUCAAACUUCUAAACCGGCAUGUUGAUCAAUCAAACGCAACAACCUCGACAACUAAUCCAGACUCUCCCGCACUCCAAGAAACACUGAAGCUUCUCUUCAACGUCACGAGUGGUGCACCAAGCCACGGACCGUCAUUCACCUCAGCCAUUCGUCCCCUCUUCCAACUCCUCAAACAACUUCCCCCCUUUUCACCACCAUUAAAACCUCCUACCGGUCUCAUUGUCAAUGCCCUUGCCAACAUUGACUUCGACGAGACCUCGGAACAAGACCCCGACUUUGAUUCCGGUUUGGACAAAUUGAUCAACCUUCUUUCCGCGGCGGUCACGACAUACUCGCCCACCGAGUUAGAAACAAGCGUAGUCCCACUGUUGACAACACUCCGAAACAUCAAUGUCAAGGCAGGUCCCGAGGCACGAGCUAAACUCAAGCAACGAAUUCUCCCCGAUGACAGGGAACGAGAUCAACCACUGGGGAAGUCGUCAUCCCUAGCAUCUCAUUUACUCCGGUUGACGACAUCCACUGGAUUGACGAACCUAUCAGAAGCGAUCUCCGGAUUGAUGUUUGAACUUUCGGACAAAGACGCAAGUCAAUACGUCCACAAUAUCGGUUAUGGCUACGCGGCUGGCUAUCUCAUGACCCACAAAAUUCCCAUUCCUGAAAACGUAAAGACGACGACAACACCGCAGCAGGGCGGUAGUAUCGGAAGACACGAGGACGGUGAAUCGUCCAGGACCGUCCCGGUAAACCCGAUAACCGGUCAAAGACUCGACGCAGAGACUCCGGUUCAAGUACCCGAGAUGAGUCGAGAAGAAGCCGAACGCGAAGCCGAGAGACUGUUUGUGCUAUUCGAAAGGCUAAAGGCGACUGGUGUCGCCAACGUCACGAACCCAGUGCAACAGGCCAUGGAGGAAGGAAGGUUGCAGGAAUUGAGUGAUUCGGAUGAUUCAGAUUGAGCGUUUGAGCGUCUGAAAUGUAACGGCCUUCCCACACACGAAGACUGUAGUUGCUUCGAUUUUAUUUAGCCAGCCAACACAACGACCCAGAGUCGGUACCCAGGAAGGGCCGUCUAGUUAUACCGUUGUACACUUUGUGCACAUAGCCGUUAACAAGUCUUUAUCUCAUCACGAUUAUCAAAUGC